UCCAGAGUCCAGGAACAGGCCCAUGCUUUUCAAAAAUCUCAAUCACUAUUACCGAUUUUGUGAAUCUGUCUCCUGUUUUCUUCUUUUUUUUUUUAUUUUUUUUGAAUUUUCAACGUAUUUAAAUUAAUUUAACAAUUCUCUUUUUUUUCUAAUUUAGGAUGACACAAGUUGAAUAUAAUUUAAAUUAUUUUAUUGAACAAGUUAGAGAAGAAGUAGACGACAAAGAUCUAGUUGGAGAUUUAUUAUAUGAAGAACCGAGAGAAUCUCGUUACGAAGAAUGUUGUAUUAUGGUUUUUAAUAUUCCGACGGUUGGAGAGGACAGGCUUGAAAAAUUGAAGAAAGUUUUGUCUGGAGUGUUUUCUUUGCAGAAUAUGUACAAAUUUAAUGAUUUUUAUCCGCUUAAUGAUGAAGGAAAGACUAAGGGUUAUGUUUUUCUCGAAUAUGAAAAUAAAGAAGCUGCAAAUGCUGUUAGAUCAAUUUGUGAGGGUUACAAGCUUGAUAAGAACCACACUUUUUCGUCUUACCCGUUUUCUGCUUUGAGGGAUUUGAAAGAGCCUAGUGCUAAUUGGAAAGUUCCGGAGAAGCGUUCUUAUGUUGAUUUGGGUGAUCGUUGGUGGUGGCUUCAAAAUACAAAAUGCCUCGAUCAAUUUGCUAUACAAUAUGAAGAUGAUGGGGGUCUUCAACUUGAAGUUUUUACACACGCUAAAAAUGGGGAUCCAAUACUUGUUCAACAGAGAACGAAUUGGUCAGAAGACAGUAUUUUCAAAUGGACCCCUCAUGGUUCGUAUUUGGCAUCUCUUCAUACAAGAGGGGUUAUUCUUUGGGGAGGAAAGGAAUUUAAACAAUUUCAACGUUUUGAACAUGGAGGGGUUAAACAUAUUGAAUUUUCUCCGAAAGAAGGGUAUUUGGUCACAUAUGCUUGUAACACAAAUGGCCGUGAUAAUGAAAUGUUUAAAAUAUUUGAUGCAUUUACUGGAGAAUUAAAAAGAACAUUUUCUCCAUUUGGAAAAAUGUCAUCAUCAACAACAACAAAUAAACAAUUAAAUUUGCCUUUUGUUAAAUGGUCUUUUGAUGAAAAAUAUUUUGCUUAUUCUAGAGCUUCAAGUGAAUGUUUAAAUGUUUUUAGUUGUGAAGAUUUUAAAUUAUGCGAUGGAAAAACUGUUGAAUUGGAAGGAUUGGUUAAUUUUAGUUUUAAUUCGACAAAGAAUAUUAUUGCUUAUUAUUGUGAAGAAAAGUCAAAUGCUACUAAUAGGCCAGCAGAAAUUGGAAUAAUGGAAAUUCCUUCACGUACCAAACUUCGAGCACAAAGAAUUUUUGGAGUUUUUCAAGUAAAUAUUUUUUGGCAAAAGAGUGGAUUAUAUUUGGCUGCACACACUGAACGUUAUCAAAAAAUGGUUAAAAAUAAGGAAGAUGUUAAUAAACCUGCAGAAAUAAAAUAUUCGGGUGUAACAUCCCAUUUAGAAAUUUUUGAUUGUACUGAAAAAACAAUUUCUGUGUUGACAUUACAACUGCCCGAACCUUUUUUAAAUUUUGAUUGGGAACCUAAAGGAAAUAAAUUUUGUGUUCUAGUCGGUUCAACUUCACCAAAAAUAACUCCAUUAAUUUAUCGUUAUGACAAAGGCAAACCUGCCCCCCAACUUUUAUCAAAAAUUGAAUCUGGAACGAAUUUAAAUUCAAUAUCUUGGGCCCCUCAAGGUGGCUGGUUAAUUGUUUAUGGGGCAAGUACUCCUGGAGGUUUAGUUUAUUUUAUUGAUGCUAGUGGGACGACAGAAGCUAAUAGAAUUCGGUCAAUUGAACAUCCAUCGUUAACAAAGGCAUUUUGGGACCCAACAGGACGUUAUUUAGCAAUUUGUUCAUUUGGAGGCAAAAGUCGUUACGAAACUGGUUAUCGAAUCUAUACAUUUCUUGGAAGAGAAAUUUUGCGAAAAAUUGUUGAUUCUUUGUUGCAAUUUAGAUGGAGACCUCGUCCACCAAUUCAAUUAAGUGAACAAAAACUUAAAGAAAUUAGAAAGACUUUAAAACAAAAAUCACAACAAUUUGAGGAAGAAGAUAAGAGGGAAUUACUUAAAGUGUCUAAGGAAAUUAUUGAACUUCGUCAAAGUGCAUUGGCGUUAUUCAAAGAAAUUCGACAACGUUCCCAAAAUUAUGAUAUUGAAGAAAGAGAAGAAAAAUUAUUUUUGAGAGGUGGAAAAGAUUUGAAAAAGAUGGAAUUAGAUUUGGUAGAAGAAACAAUUACAAUUGCUUUGAAUACAGAAAUGGAGGAAUUAAAAGAAACAAAUACGGCAAAGGAAAGUGAUGAUAUGGAUUAAUUGGAGAAAUUAUUUGUUGUUGAUGUUUUUUUGGUUUAAAAGAAUUCUUUUUGUUGUGUUUAUACAAGUAUAAAUCUAUAUUUUGGAAAAAAUCCAUUCAAAAAAUAAAUUUCCUUUGAAUGGAUUAGUGCACGAAUUUUGUUUGAUGGUUUAUCGAUAUAAAUCGAUUUUUUAAUAUUUGUAAGAGUGAACGGUGUUGGUUAAUGUCCGCAUGGAUUUCUAGAGACGUCCGAGACUUUUCUUGGGUUUUUCCGGUCUUGGUCUCGAGUAAUUGAAAAUUUUCAGUCUCGGACGUCUCUAGUAUUUCGGUACACCCACAAGCCUACUUCUAACCGAGUCUACCGCUGGCGUUCCUCUUUAUUGAACAACUUCAUCCGUUAAUGGAAAUUCUCCUGGUUUGCUUCUCAUCAAUUUUUCAUGAAAAUCAAUGGAUUCGAAAUCUCCCAUUUCUACCAUUGAGAUUAGAAUACGACAUUUUUCAAGUCUAAUAUUCACAGUUUACCUACCCAAAAUCGUUUCUGAUAGUUAUUCUCUAGCCGUUUCCAGUUCCAAGUUCGAACUACCGAAACAAAUUUACGAGACUAAAGGUUAACGAGACUUUCUUGAUAAAUAUAUUGAAGUUCCUUUUUGUCUGUAGAUGUUUUGAAAUUAUUGAUUGGUAGACACUUUUUUGAAUUUAAUUUUAUAAGCAUUGGCAUAACGUUAUUUAAGAGAUAGUUUAUAACUAGAGAAAUAGAGUUUUUCUUUGUGUGCCUCCUUUUUUCAAUUUCAUAAUCUUUCGUUUUCC